AUGACUGAUCACACACAAGGGUCGUGCGAGGCGUGGGCAAGCCCCGAUCAUGUCGAAUGGCAGAUGAUAAGAGGUAUAGUGCCUCCAGACAGUGCGUCUGCAACGAUGUGCCGCAAAGUGGUCGUGGGGGAGUUCUCAGACGUGCUCAAAUCACGCGCGGCGCGACCCCUAUUCGAGGCCAUCGCCAAGGUCGUGCACACCACAGUUCAAGGCAAAACGUCGUCAGAGCAAGUGAUCAUUCCUUUCAGUGCUGUACAUAUCCCUGUCUCGGAAUCUCCCCUGGAUUCAUUGUGUGUUGCCAUCGCAGCCUUGCACGGUUUUGUUCAACUCAAUUGGACGGGCCCUGAUAUGCCCUUGCAUCCUAUGGAGCUCUUGCGUUAUCAUGCGCCACAACACUUUAAGCAGCGUGAUGUGCAUGAUGAGGACAAUUCUGAUGCAGCAUAUGCGCGUGUGUUGCAUGUUUCGAGCUUGGAGUAUCUUACGUGGCAAGGUGAACCUGCAUAUCAUUUGUGUCAAAGCCCUUUUUUCCUCGUCGUGGCUCUAUUGAUUUUGGAUGCGUUGCAAACUUCUUCACUAGUCACAGUGCCUUGGUGGCGCAUGCGUGCAAGAUCUGUGCACAUUCGCAUCCUAGACGAGCCUGUGGCAUGUGAAGAGGCAUUGCAGGAGGCAGUGAUGGCCAUGACGCAUGCAUUGACUCAGCGAAGUCAACAAGCUUCCACGGAUACUGAGCAGCGUGCCUGGGCUCACUUGCACGCUCGGGCCUUGUUGGAACUUGCCCUGGCAAGGCAACGAGCAGGACAAGAUCGCUUAGCAUCAGAAGGCCUCGUGGAGGCUGCCAAGGCGCACGGAUUGGAGUAUGAAUUGAGCGGUGCGCUUGGUAAGCGGACCAAGUGGCAAAAGCAAGACAAGACCCAGCUGGUUUUGCUGGCCGAGUCGCGUGAAGCUGGCGCGGAACGUGCCGAGGAAGAUGAAGCGUCGACCUCCUACAAGCAUGGCCAUGAGACGAGUUCUGAUGCGUCUGGAUGGCAAGCGUCUAUCGAUCCCAGCAAGCAAGUGGACCAUCAGCCAGCCACGUAUUCGCUGAAUGAUGACACGCUCUUGGAGCAGACUCAAUUCACUCAGACGGGUCCUGAUACCGGGCGGCGUCUCUCGCACCUCGAUCCAGGAAACCAGCCGCCCCUCGCUGUGAUAGAUCAGUGUAUUCUGCUGGCGCUCUGCCUCAACAUCCACAACACACAGCCGUCGCAUGGACUGACAUCGGAGCAAAUGUCUGCGUUUGUUGAACGAGUCAUUCAGCACCCUCUUAACUGGAGUGUCCACACGAUGAGUCUGUUGCUUCGGUCGCGUCUUGAGGCAUCGCGUACACGCACAGUUGAGCGCAGCACCCUCCAGCUACAAGCGCUGAUUGAUCAGAUGCCUACGAACGACUCGAGCGUGCGAGAGCGGCUGCGUUUCUUCCAUGCACUUGAGUUGCCGGCCAAGUGGGCGAUGCAGUCCGAGCUAGCGCAUCGGUACGUGUCGAUCGGUGUGCUGCGUAGUGCGCUGGAGACGUUUGAGCGCGUUGAAAUGUGGGAAAACGUUGUGCAGUGUCUGGGACUGCUAGGACGGCAGCAAGAAGGUAUUGAGGUGGUGCGUGACCUGCUUGAAGGACGAAAGACGGAAGCCGAAGCUCAGUUGCAGGCCAAGCGGAUCGCUACAUCGGUGAGUCGUGUGCCUCAUACCCGGUUUGCUCGCGCACGCGAAGCCAAGUUGUGGUGUCUGCUGGGAGAUUUGGAGCCCAUGCAUGCUGAGAUGCACUACCUUCGGGCUUGGGAUGUAUCAGAGCGGUCAUCGGCGCGUGCGGCUCGUUCGCUGGGUGGCUAUCACUUUGCCUUGCACGCUUAUGAGCAAGCGAGCGUCUGGCUGCGUCGUGCCGUGCGCAUCAAUGCCUUGUAUACGCGCUCCUGGUUCAUGUUGGGCUGUUGCUACAUGCGCUUGGAGCACUGGCUGGAAGCGGCCGCCGCAUUUCGCAAGUGCACGGCGCUGGAAGAAGAGGACGGUGAGAGCUGGAACAAUCUGGCGAGCUGCUACAUGCGUUUGCACCAGAGUCACGUCCGCCGGCUUGAUACCGUGCUGGAGCAGGAUGUGGACGAGGAGGAUGGCGCAGAAAGUGUGGUGUCGGGGACCGACUCGGGUGUCGAUGUCAUGUCGCAGGAGACGCACACGGAGACGACGGCGCCUGCGUUGGAGUUGCGUCUGCUCGCACAUCGAGCUCUGGGCGUGUCGCUCAAGUUUCAGUUUGAGUCGUGGCGCGUAUGGGCGAACUAUAUGAUCGUAUCGGUGGACGUGGGUAUGUUGCGUGAAGCAGCGCGCGCUUUGGCGAGGGUGGUAGAAAUUCGGACCCGCGAAAAGAGCUUCAGUGCCUCUGAUAAGGCAGUGAAUGUGCACGACAUGGUCGAUAUGGGCGUGCUCAACAAGCUGGUGGACGCUGUGAUCCGUCCCGCCAAUGUCGAAGAAGAAGCCACACAGGAAGGGGCCGGACUACGCCCCACGGUGGAGCGUCUGUUUGAGCAAACGCUGCUGCCCCGCUUCUCGACGGACGCCCCGAUUUGGCAGAGUUACGCGCGGCUCACGUUCGCGAGUGGUCACUACCGAAAGAUGCUUGAUGCGCGUGUACAGGCAUUCCAGUGUGGCCUAGGCGCUGCCGACAGGCUCGAUGUCGUGACGGCCAAGGACGUGUGGCUGCUGGCCAAGGAUGAGCUGCUCGAGCUGUGCGACGUGCUAGCCAAUCUCGCGACGCGUCCCGCCGAGCCGGGCUCGGACGAAGAAUCCAUGCCAGACUGGCGCUUCCGCGCGCGCACUCUCGUACGUGCGUUCAUGUCGCGCACGCGCGACAGCUUUGAGGACGAGCCUGCCUGGGAGGAGUUGGUAGCGUGCCUGGAGGAGUUGAAACGGUAG